AUGGCAACCCCCACCCCCGCACCCCCCCAAGAACCACCCCCCAAACUCGCCCUCCUCGGCACCACGCCCCUCUCCUCCCCCGCCGUCGCCGGCCACCUCGUCUGCAACCCGGCCAUCGACCUGACCGCCACGGUCGGCGAGGCGGGCGCCGCGCUGCUCGUCUGGCGUGCCGGCGACCAGGGCCUGGUGUCGAAGUGUGUGGAGCGUGGGAAGACGGUGGAUGCUAUCGCCUGGAAGGCGGAUGGGCAGUUUUUGGCGGCGGGGUGGAGUGAUGGGGUGGUGAGGCUGGUGGGGUUGGAGAGUAGCAAGGCGGUGCAUCAUAUCAGGGUGGUGGGGGGGCGCGAUGGUGGUGGUGGUGGUGGAGCGAAGAUUGGGUUUAUUGCGUGGGGGAGGAAUGCCACCGGGGAGAGUCAGCGGAGGGAUCGGGGGCUUGGGAAAGGGGGCGAGCAGGAGAGGAGGAUACUGCUGGAUGGGGAGCGGACGGGAGAUGUGGCGGUUGAUUUGCCGCGCGAGUUGGUGUUUCUGGAGGCUGAGACGUCGUUGCCAAAACUCAGUCCGUUGCCUGCUGGCGGGUCGGGAGAUGACAUGUUCCUGUUUUCGUCAACAGCAUCGCUCGAGUCUGUGUUUCGGCCUUCCAGGGCUGAGGAAGCUGAUGAUGUGCAUGUCAUGGUUGUGGGAAUGACUGACGGCGGGAUACAUCUUAGUAUCAACGACUCGUUCGUCAUCGGUACGGCAAAACCCUCGCCCCGUGGCGACGACGAAAUAUUCCACCUCUGUGGGCACAGCUCACGCCCGGAGAGUUCAACUCACAUGCUGUUGCUCAGGCCACAAGCAAGUGAUGGUACGACAUUGUAUCUGGUGCCAAUGAACCUCGCCUUUCUGGACUCCUCGCCGGCCAACCUGUCGCUCUUAGCCUCCAAGACAACCACGUUGCAAAAUCUGCUGCGAUAUCUGAAGUCUACACAGUCACACAUGGUUAGCGAUUGGCAGUCGACGCGGGAGUUGCCUCGGCGAUUUAUGGCUGGGGUUGAGGAUGAUCUCAAGAAACUGCCCAACGGAGAUAUGACGGUCGUCCAGGCCCUCUACCACACGGUGGUCACCGGCCACGUCUAUGAGCCCGUGAAGGAAUGGCUUGUAGACACCCUCGGCGAGCGAGGACACAAACGCUGGGAGAAGGCGGUGGUAACCGGUCUGACCAGUCUUCGCGGCCUAGUCCACGGGAAUUUUAUACCAGCACUAGAAAGGUGUGGCGCCAUCCUUAGCCGCCUCCUCGGCAUUGCACGCUUCCAUGGCCCCAGGAAGAACAUCGGUUUCGAUGAGGCCCAGAUUAUGAAGCUCAUGGACAUUGUUUCGUGUCUAAUGAUGGUUUCUCACAAAAUCUUGACGACCGUUAUGGACGAGCUGGAAUACUUCAACGCCUUCUCGAUUUGGCUGCGGCUGGAAAUUGACAAGCAAGGGUCAUCUUCAGUCACCGAGGAGCUCUCUGAAAAAGAGGCAACGAUGGACAACCCCAGGGUGCUGUCAUACAUCCAACAUUACCUGGCUAACAGCCCUCUGUCGGUUUAUUUUGACGAGGUUGCCAAGGAGGAUUACAUCAAAGAUCAGGAGAUGGUCGCGCCGGGCGUGUCUCUCCUAGAUCUGUUAGACAAGCAGUUAAGGGAGCAGGAGGGAGGCCGGCCAUACAUGAAGGUGUUUCCUCGCAUCGACUUCUUAUUGAACUACCUGGUCACCAGCAGCAGCGCUGUGUUUGAUGGUAUCGCCAACGCGGAGAAGCAGGGUGUCAAGUUUGGCCAAGCGACCGAGGUGUCGGUCGGGGCAAAAAUAUGGAAACAUGAUUUGUGGAUGGGCCGGCCUUACAAGAAGGACCACUCGGCACCGACGUUUACUGCGAUAGUCGCAGAAGAUGACAAGUCCAAGAUCUGUAUUAUUCGUACCGACGUCCCGCUUGAAGCAAGCGCCAACAACCCAACCUCAACGAGGGCUUGUGUGCUAGGGUUACCCGAUGGCGUAACUAUUGUUGACCUCGAGUAUCUCGACGACAAGUCAUUGUUGGUAUUGUGUAACCGAAAAGAAGAGCCGAGGUCGGUUCUCCUACGAAUCGCAUAUCAAUCGCCCCAUAUGCUUUAUCAAGGGUACACAAAGGGGCAAACGCCUCCCGUGUUAGGGUUUAACGGCACGAACAGCGCGGGGCUUGGCUCAUGCAUUGCCUUUUCCCACAUGUCCAGCUUUACCCCUAUUCAGAUGGUGGUUCAGAGGCCGAGCAAGCUGAGAGGUGAGAUUCCUGCCAGAGUUUGUCUUCUGGGGCGAGACAAGGCCAUGUAUAAGACCUAUGCACUUCCAGAUGACUUGGAUGACGGCAAUGAGCAAUCUUAGCAGCAUACAUGGGCAUCUCUCGGACGAUAGAGUGGGAUAGGCGCUGGCUGAAAGAGUCACGGUGCGAGACGGAAAACGACUAAUGAGGCAUGUAUCCGUUGGUGUAAUUCGUGGCCUAAAUCUAGCAAAAUAUUAGUAGCAUGCAUGCCCGGUUUG